CAUCGCAUUUUUCUCUUUUGUAACCCUAGCUUCUCUUUUUCACUCAAGGGCGGAAAUUAUGAUUCCAAGAUUGCUCUGUUCGGUGAUGCCGAGGUCGUUGAUGGUGGUUCUUCGGUUAAGAUUAAUUGUCCUUCGGUUUCGAGCGCUGGGCGGAUUAUCUACAAGAAACCUGUUAGAUUUAUCAGUGGCGAACAAAGAAAGCCAAUGUCUUUCUCUACAUACUUCUCCUUUUCGAUUUCACCGGAAGAUGGUGAUGGCCUUGCUUUCGUCGUUCUUCCGACUGGUUUUCCUUCGGAUUUGUUCGAUGGAAGCUCCUUUGGGCUUAGUCCAGGACUGGAGAAGAGAGGAACAAGAGUUCUGGCGAUUGAGUUUGACACCUCUAUGGAUACUAAGCUAGGUGAUCCAAAUGGAAAUCUUGUUGGGGUCGACAUAGGCAACCUCGUGUCUGCACAAGUAAUAAAUGUUUCUUCUAUCAAUCUGGUGUUGAACAGUGGAAAGAAAUUGCAUUCGUGGAUCGAUUACGAUGCCAGUACCAAAAUUUUGGAAGUUAGAUUGAGUAAUCGAAGGAGGAGGAGAACUUCAGGUCUUCGAUUCAAGCAGAUCUUCUCGAUGAGAGUUUCGUUGAAAAGCACUAACAGCAAAAACUAA